AUGACCGGUGUUCUUCCAUUUACCGAAGCCAACAGAAAGAUCGUCACCCUUUUCUACCGUCGCUCCUUGAAAUUGGCCUACUCGUGGAUCAAUAGACGUGAUUUGUACAGAAAGAAGGCAGUGGAAAUCAGACAGCAGUUUGAAGCCAACAAACAACUUGAUGACCCAAAACAAUUACAACAUAUUUUGAAGAAUACCGAAUCCUUAUUAUACAAAUAUAGACACCCAGAUCCAAUUGUUCCAGCCUCCAGACCAGGUGGUACUAAGUUCGAAAGAAACUUGCAUCCAUCAUUGGAUAAGCCAAUUCCUGGUCAUUAUUAG